AUGCCAAUGGAUGGUUCAAUCAUUGCCGUCUUUCAGCUAGGCACUCCUCUCCUCUCCAUUAUACUAUCCACCACUGGCGGUCGGUCGCUCCUUACCUCCCUGUCCCAGCAUCGAACCUCUUCUUCAACGCUGGAACAGUUCGCGAUGUCUCGAGAGGCUGGACCUUUUCAUCAAGAACAUACCGCUAAGGGUCUUUCUUGUCUGGCACCCUAUGCCCCAAAUCUUUCCAGUAUCUCCGUCGGAGGCUUUCCUUGGGCACAACUUCGAUCGUUUGAAAUAAAGCAACGAUCGAAUUGCCAACUUCAUGCAAUCACCGUUUUCGGUGGUGACCCUACGACCCUAGUCUACUUAUUCCCACUUUAUCGUUUCUUAACCCAGCUUCGACACCUCACAAUUAAUGUUGUCGUCACAGACCAGUCGAUCACCCGUUUGACAAUCGAUCAGUUGGGGCACCUCGGCACCAUCUCUGUAAAUGCGAAAAACCCUGUCGUACAAAAUGCGCAUGAGCUUCGACUAUUUGUUAAGCUUUUCCGAUCUUGCUGUGGGUUGGAUGGACCAGAGAAAGUCCCUCAGACUCGGAUGUCCAGUAUUGAACUUCGCCUGUCUCGUUUGCCAGAUGCACAAGAUGAAAGUCUAGAGACCGCUUACACCCUCGUGGACAUGCUUCAGCACAAGGUACUGAUCUCCAUGGAUCGGAUGAUCGUGGGAUAUGCGCUUCCCUUCCUGUAUUCCCCCAUGUCAAACACCUACAGACUUUCCUCGCCUGAGGGAUUCCUAUGUGUUAAUGCAAACGCAAUGCAGACAGGACAGCAUCUUCCGACUCUUCUUAUGGGGGCGUCUCAUGACAACAGAACUACGUCCCUGUACCUUCCUGUUGUCUCUCCGGCGCUUUUCUAUCUAAACUUGGUGCGGACUGCGCCGUCGAAUUCGCAGCCGGGCGCGUGUUAA